GCUGCUGAUUUGACCAAGCGAACGCGAAAGACGGCUGAGUUGACCGCAGUAGGCUAUUAAAGAGCACCGACAAGUAAGUUGUGCUAGCUGACCUGGUGGUGCCUUAACUUCUACCAGUAUUAUUCUUACAUGAAUGAGCGUAGCUCGACACGUCCUGAAGUACUCCAGGUUUGCAUUUCAUUCAACUACGCUAAACUGCAGCAGAAGCUUUUCUACUUCACAGUGUAAAAUGACAUCAAGGCACAAGAACUCCAAAAGAAUCGAGGGACUGGACAAGAAUGUCUGGGUGGCGUUCACUUCAGUGGCAGCAGACCCGUCCAUUGUUAACCUGGGUCAGGGCUUUCCAGAUAUCCCCCCGCCUUCUUACGUCAAGGAGGCCCUAGCAGAGGCUUCUUCAGUGGACCGGAUGAACCAGUACACCCGAGGCUUUGGUCACCCAUCUUUGGUGAAAGCUCUGUCUCAGGUCUAUGGGAAGGUCUGCGGGCGGCAGAUCGACCCCUUCAAAGAGAUCCUUGUGACAGUGGGAGGUUACGGUUCUUUAUUCAGCACCAUGCAAGGGCUGGUGGACGAGGGAGACGAGGUUAUCAUAAUAGAGCCUUUCUUCGACUGUUAUGUACCCAUGGUGCGGAUGGCGGGGGGCAAGCCUGUGCUAAUACCGCUACGUCUUAAGUCUGGGAACAAGACAGGAACAAGUGCCGACUGGUUUCUUGAUCCAGAGGAGCUCUCCAGUAAAUUCAACUCCAAGACAAAGGCCAUCAUCAUCAACACCCCCAACAAUCCCAUUGGGAAGAUCUUCUCCAGAGACGAGCUGCAGAUGAUCGCUGACCUCUGUAUCAAACACGACACUCUGUGCUUCAGUGAUGAGGUUUAUGAGUGGCUGAUCUACAGAGGACAUCAACAUGUCAAAAUUGCCACUCUUCCUGGAAUGUGGGAUCGAACUAUCACUAUCGGCAGUGCAGGAAAAACAUUCAGUGUCACAGGAUGGAAGCUGGGCUGGUCUGUAGGACCUGAGCACUUGAUAAAGCAUCUCCAGACCGUCAUGCAGAACACCAUGUACACCUGCCCCACACCGCUACAGGAGGCGGUGGCUCAGGGCUUCCAGAGGAACCUGGAGCUGAUGGGGCAGCCGGAGUGCUACUUCUCCUCCCUGCCAGAGGAGCUGGAGCUGAAGAGGGACCGCAUGGCUGCCAUCCUGCAGGAGGCCGGCAUGACCCCUGUCAUUCCAGAGGGGGGGUACUUCAUGCUGGUGGACGUCACGUCUCUUAAUCAGGACCUGUCACACAUGGAGGAGGAUGAAGCCUACGACUACAAAUUUGUGAAGUGGAUGAUUAAAGAAAAGAAACUGGCAGCCAUUCCCGUCACAGCGUUUGUUGGAGAGGAGUCCAAGAAGCACUUUGAGAAAUAUAUUCGCCUUUGCUUCAUUAAGCAAGACAGCACUCUGGACGCAGCAGAGGCCAUCUUGAAGAACUGGAGGAAAGUUUAAUAUGAUGAAUUGUCUGAAGGCUUCAGCUCGAUUUCAGGCAGGAGGAACAAGUCAAACUGAGGGAAUGAGAUAUGACUGUUAACUUAGAAAAGUAAAUACUAACAGUUGAAGUUCAUACGUUAAUAGCUAAAUGCUCUUCCACAUGUUGACAUACUGUUUGAGAGAAUCCUCACAGUCACAGCAGGUCCUGUGGGACUGCGUUAUGAAAACCGCUUUAUGCAAGGUGUUCAUUUUGUGUAGUUAUUGUGUUUUCAGCCUUUUUGAUGUGUACAUAGACACUAAUUACAAAGCACUUAGUUGGAUGGAACUGGUUGCGCUGUUCGGACUUUGUCAAACUUGGCCUUAUUUCUCCCUGAAAAAAUAAAUCACAAAUAAUGCAUAUUUUGUUUUUUGGAAUAAUAUUUGAAUAAAAACCAACGUGAUAAUAAUAGUA